AUGGCAGUUCGGCUCCAGGUUGGUGCUCUACUGUUCCUGCUGGUAUUCUUCACUGCAGGAGCCAGUGAUGCUGCACUUCAAUACCGGUGUUCUAAACUGAUUGAUGAUGUCUACAAAGCCUUCAGUGAAUCCGGUUUCUUCUCCAACCCUAAACGAGAGAUGGAUGCUCUGCUGGGGUUCUUUCCCCCUAAAUCUGCUCCGGAGGGCGAGUUGGCUGAAUACCCAUAUAAAGAGUACAGUGAGCUGAUGGUGAAAAGAGGCAUUGCGGAACUGUGCUGCAAUAAACCCUGCAGCUUACAUGACCUGAGAGAAUACUGCAACUAAAACACCAGCAACACCACCACUGUAUCUCUGUCCCAUCACCCUAGAGCUGCUGCAAAUGAGAAAAUGGCUUAGAUGAUUAUGUAUUUUUCCGAGAAAGUAAAGGUGCAUCAAAUGAACAUUCUUUAUUUUAAGAAUCUAGUUCUUUUAAGAUCACAAUUUUACAGUAGAAUCAACAGUAAAUUCUAGAAAUUGUCUGAAAAGCUUUCUCUCAAAUGCCAUGCCUUCUAAUAUCUCAUAAUUGAAAUGAUU